AUGGUGUCUGCCCCGCUACAAAAUCAAGGAAUAGAUGCACAACCAAGCGAAGAGGAAAACUAUGAAAUGGGCCCGGUCCAAAACCGAAGCAGUAAUACAGCUGCACCAGACAACAACCAGACCAGAGAGAUUCGUGCGACGCGUCCAGAUCAAGUCUCACGAAAAUCAUGGAACGCUCUGAUAGCAGCGCCUCGAGUUGAUGUUCCGCUAUCGUCGGCACGAGACCAUCUCGCAAACGAACGUGUUUUCCUGGCGUACUUCCGCACAUCUUCCGCCCUGGCGACUUUCGCAGUCGUUCUUCUUCAACUCUACAGGCUCAAACAUGACCCUCCAGCGCCAGGAGUCUUGAGUGACUACAACAUUGGAAUCCCGUUGGCCUCAACGAUUCUCGCUAUGGCUAUGCUCGUUACUGUGUUUGGCGCGGUGAGAUUCUUCAGAUGCCAGAAGAGUAUGAUAUCGUCGAGCAUUGUUGGUAGUGGAAAUGUGGUCUCUAUGUUUUCGAUGGUCAUGAUCAUGCUAUUCUUCGUGCUAUUUGUUCUCACGAUAAUCGUCAAUCCGGACGCUUAG